CUCUGAUAGCAGGUAUUAUAACCGCUCAUCGACAAUGGUCUCCAUGACGUUCGCUCGUAUCGCUGCGCUUCUCUCUGGCCUCGCGUGCCUGGCCACGGUAUUCGCUGCCCCCAUACAGGAACCCAGGGAUCUUACGGUCAGGACCACUCAGGCCGCACCCCAUUGGGUGAUCUACACGGACAAAUGGGUGUCUGGUGAGACCGGUCCCCCGGCUCCCGCUGACAUCGAUGGUUAUAAUACUCUCAUGUUAUCCUUCCUGCUGUCAUCGGGCGCGGCCGACCAAGCUCUUACCUGGGCAAACUUGGCUGAUGCGGACCGUAAGACGCUCAAGACGUCUUACGAGUCCGCUGGUAUUAAACUCUUGGUAUCCGCCUUCGGCGCGACGGAGACGCCCACCACUUCUGGCGUCGACGCAGUGACCGCAGCCAACAGCAUGGCUGACUUCGUGAAGAAGUACGAGCUUGAUGGUAUUGACGUCGACUAUGAGGAUUUCGAUGCUAUCAACAAGGGCGAUGGAAAGGCAGAACAAUGGCUGAUUGACUUCACGACGCAGCUGCGCUCGCAGUUGCCCGCCAGCGAUUACAUCAUCACUCACGCUCCCGUCGCUCCUUGGUUUAGGAAUGAUGGGCACUAUACCGGAGGUGGGUACAUCAAAGUCGACAAGGAAGCCGGUUCUAGUAUCGACUGGUACAACAUUCAGUUCUACAACCAGGGAACCGAUGAAUACACGACCUGCGACAACCUUCUCAACACCUCGUCGAGCACCUGGCCCGAUAGCGCUCUCUUCCAGAUCGCAGCCUCUGGCGUCGACCUGAACAAGCUCGUCAUCGGGAAGCCCGCACAGGGCGACGCGAACAACGGCUUCAUGGACCCGGCUCUCCUCGCCACCUGCGUAAGUCAAGCAAAGGCUAAGGGCUGGAACGCCGGUGUCAUGGUAUGGGAGUUCCCCGACGCAGCUUCCGCUUGGAUCAAAACCGUCCGUGGAACGGCUUUCCCUUAG